AUGCCCCCAUCGACUCCGUACGAUGCCCAGAGAGGCGACGAGGAGCAUGUCUUGGACCUUGGCGGCGGCCGGCAGGUUGCUUUCGCCCACAAUGGCCCACCGGCGUCGCGGACGGUCGUCCUUUUCUUCAGCGGUUUAAUGAGCGUUGGCACUGCUCGGGAUGUUCCGGAGCCAUGCCGCGAUCUCGGCGUGCACUGGAUAUCGCCAACGCUCCCUGGAAUGGGCAGGUCUAGCGCUCGAGCGCCGGGAGAAUCGUACCACACUGCACUGGCACGCGACAUGACGGCUCUGCUGGCCCACUUGUACCCUAAGGGCGACUUCGACACCCUGUACGUCGCGGGCGGUUCGUACGGAACCGUCCAGGCGCAGAUGCUAUUCGGGGCCCCUUACGACGCUUUUCCCGCUGGCCGAAAGAUUGCAGGCUGCAUGCUCCUCGCGGGCUUCUCACCGUUCAAGUACCAUGCCGGCCAUGCAAAGUCGCUCAAUUGGCAGACCUGGGUCUCCGUCGGCCCGCCGUCGCAGCUCGUCCCCUUCCAUCUUCUGCAGCGUCUGACCAGCAGCUUCCUUGCCGCCAAGUUCAGGACCUUGGAUGGCGCCAAAGACUUUCUUAAUCAGACCCUCUUUGCGCGGAUGCAACCGGAUGAGCGCGCGACUUUUGCUACCUGGUUGAACAGGAAAGGCCUGACGGAGGAGAAAUUCAUCACGAGGCUCGCCAAGGGAGCUGUCAAUUGCUGCCAGACCUGGGACGGAUUCAUUGAGGUGUCGGACGUGAUCCACUCCGACUGGGGAUUCAAUCCCGCGACGCUGGAUGCUGAUCAUGCGUCGAAGCCAGUUCUCGUCGUCGGCUCAGAAGAAGACCACGUAGGCGGAAGCACGAACGACUGGUUGGCUGCCAACUACAAGAACGCGACGCUGAAAAUGAUUCCCGGGGGGCACAUCUCGUCCCUGUUCUACAUGGACGAAAUUUGGCAAGCCAUGAUUGAGUUGUCAAGGGAAGCGACAAAGUAG